AUGUCCACCAACAUACCAGAUCGAACGAAAGAUGAAGGUCAUCAGAAAAAACCAAAAGCAAUCGAAUCUUCCAAUGAUACAAUCCAAUGGCCUGCCGAUGCACAAAUACCGAUCAGCGAAAUCCAGGCUCGUAGGCGGUCAUGGUAUAGGAGAAAGAUGGCGUAUGUAGAGGCAAUACAAGAUGCACUGCUUGGACGGGAACGAGAACCCAAAUCUACCAAAGCUGAAGAGGAAACACGAUUGAAAAAGGCUCACCAGGCUCGCACAGAUCUCAUACUACAACCUUUUGUGAAGAAGGAGGAGGAGGAGGAGGAGGAGAAGGACGAGGAAGAUAGUGAGGAGGAGGAUAGUAGCCAGAAUUUGGACAUCAUUAUUCAUGGUGGUUCAGUAUCAGAUAAUGGAUUUCCAUUACCUAGUGACAAAGAAAGCACUAGCAAAUCAGAAACAUAA